ACCAGCAUCGCCGAUCCGCAGCACCGGUCUCUGAUCAGCGCCAGAUGUAGCGAAUUAGGGUCGGUGGGCUAUCAUUAGCCCAUGGAAAGCCAACUCUCCGCAUAAAGCUACCCCAGCCUUGUCAUUCAAUCAGUUCUAGUGGCUGGUCGUCCGGGAACAAUUUGGAAAGUGGAUAUGAAGAACUGGAUCGUAGACCGACCCCCACACAUGUCAACAGUUCGGCCGCCAAUGACAUUUCCCGAUGGAGGGUCGCCCCUGGGGGCUAUGAACACAUCUCGGAGGGAAACGCGGCGAUGCUCUCUCUGAUUUUCUGAGAUGGACAGGACGGAGUUGUCUGGAGAUUCCUUGCGCCCUCGACGAGCCCGGCGACCGUGAUUGUUUCCUGUCUUAAACACACCACUUCCUGUGCCGUACCGCCCAAGAAUUUCUUGUCGACCAUCACUCCAUACACAAGCCGUAAUCGUGUGGAUUCUAAAUAUGGUGCUGUCGCCUCAGAGAAGCAUCUCUCUGGCUCUCGCCUUGAGAGCCAUCACCGGCGCAGCCGCAAUUGAAUGUUAUUUCCUUGACGGGAAGUCUUACACCGAGUCGCGAUUCUACAAUGCCACUGAGCAAGGGGAGCCCUUUCUCUGUGGGGAGGGGCCCGGAAUGUGCUGCUUCGAGAACCAAACUUGCGAGGACGGCAGCUUCUGCCGUGGUAAGGACGGUGACAGAGACAGAUUUACCCGCGAAAUGUGCUCCGAUAAAGGAUGGCCGCCUGAAAAAUGCUCGGCAUUGUGUCCUCAUAAUCGUGAGGCAGGGUCGGAAGUGUCGUUUUGCAAUGCAGCUCAUACAAUGGUGUGUUGCGGCGGCUCCGAUCUUCGGGACGAGUGUUGCGAUAAUGAAGACUACGCUCAGAUUGACGACAGAGGCGUUAUCAUCGCCUUUGGAUCGAAUACCAUCCCACCUGUUCCGCGCGCCACAGUCACCGCGAUACCUUCCAGUGUAGACCUGGGGCCCGAGAGAACCAAGUUGGGUGUCGGUCUGGGAGUUGGGCUAGGAAUUCCACUGCUAUUGAUGUGCACCAUGGCGCUCUUGCUUUUCCAGCGAUACCGACGACUACGGGCCAAUUCAUCUUCCCUCCCUGAAUAUCCGUCGACUAAAGAAACCGGAAUUCCUCUCUCCGCUCCUGCUGUAUCUACGAAGGCACCGGCCCAACUCGACGGCAGGCACGUACGGCCAGAGCUAGCCACGACCGAGCAUUUGCCGCAGGAGCUACAGUAA